UUGUUCGUGGUUGGUCGCGCAACGAGCGUUGCUUUUUAAUAAUUCCCUUGGCACAAAACCCGACGUUGACGUGACGCACCAAAAAGGGACGACGGCGAAGAGAGGAAGAUAACGUGUAAUAAUAAUCAUAUCGUCGGCGGGUUUCGAGCGAAAAAGAGAGCGAGAGUGAGUGGAGGAAGAUAGCCCACUAAUCACACGAAAAAAGAAUCAGCUUGUACACCAUUUUUCAUGUUAUUAAUGAAAAUAGUAUUAAACAUUAAGCAUAAUAAAAAAAAAGUACGAAACGGAUCGGUCAACGUCAGGUGGAGUGAAGAAACAGCAACAUCAACAGAAAGCAUAAAAUAGCAGAAACAUAAAUACAUACAUCUUCGCUUCUAGAUUAUAUACAAUUUGGAAAACUAAUAUUAUAUGCCAUUAAAAAUCUUAGCGAUUCAGUUCGGAAUUGUUUUCGAUUAUACCAUUACGGGGCUGGAAGAUAUGUAAUUUGGACACCCGCCAGUUUUCGGGGGAUCGUUUCUGCUCGGCGACAAUUAGUGACAAUUGUUGUUUGUGGAGUGCCCGGGUGAACCGUCUGGUGGAAGGAAUCUACUCAACACUCAAUCGCACAUAAUAAUAAUCAUAAUAAUCAAUUGUGUGAUAGCUGCGAUUAGUAGUGAUCGUUUGCGCGCGCUCCGACUCUACUUUUUUUCUGCCGUUGGUAUGAGUGCUAAGUGAUAAUUUUCACGAUUACGUGAAGACAGUGUCAAAACAGUAAUUAGUUUAAAUUGAAGCGAUAAAUUAGUGUUGUUUAUGUGCAGUUUUUGCUUCAUCGCGCUUGACCGUACUGUGGUGGUUGUGUGACUCCUACUAAACACCGGUGAUUCGGAACUGACGAACAGCGAGUGGCCCCCGAGUGUAUGUGACCCAUUAUUACCGAAAAUUAGGGUUAGUGUAAUUGAUUCUUAGACACUCUGAAGCCUCCUUUACCGGCUAGUGAAUGAAAUCGGUGGCCGUGAAAAUUAUUUUAAUUGUAGCUACGAUAAUCACCUCCCACCCGAGGAAAAAGUAAACGUCGCUUUCGUCCUACGGUGGAAGAAUCGAUUAUGAGUCCACCAUCGUCGCGGACGAUGGCAAUAAUUCGCGAGGCGAGACGGCAAUGAUUCCUAAAUCUGUAACAGAACAGUUUUUCACGAUUAUCAUCACUCUUGUGUUCCUAAUUAUUCAUUAGUUUAUUGUGAUAUUAAUUUUAAUAAUUAUCAGUGAAGAGCGGUUAGCUCAAACAGCGAGGAUUUUGUUGACACAUUAGCACACCCACGUUCGGUGCUAAUCUCAAUUCAUCACCUUCGCAAUCCGAUCACCGGGGUGGCGACGGCGAAUCGAAUCUUGAUCUCGACGAGAACAACAAAGCAAAAAACAGAGCAGGAACACAUAAUAUCUCAGCAGGGAGUCCCUCGCUUGGUGAGUGUGUGCUUUUGAACCCCAGGAAGUGUGUGAAAACAUCGACAAAUUUAGACGAAAGAAGAACCCGCAAACAGAGAAAAAAAACAUACGGAUAAAACAAGCUCAGGGAUAUCAGAACUCAGCGGUGACCUGGAUGGAUUAGUGAAAGAAAGGAACGAAUCCGGCUAUCACGCAUAAACAUACGAGGGGAUCCUUGUUGCGUCCCGGGAAGUUUUUAUUUAAAGUGCAUCCUAGUUUUUUUGUAUUGAAAGGAAAGAAAGUGAUCGCUGAGUGAGCUGCUUCCGAAUGGUGUCAGUGUGACAGAGGUUCCUGAAAGAAAACACCCUGGAAGAUCAGUUGACGCACGUGAGAUAGUAUCAUCCUAACAGUGGUGCACAACAGCAACGAAAUAAAACCUCGAACAAGUGAAGUGUAGUGAGUUGUGCGUUGAAGUGCAUGAGAGCACUCUGCAUUCGAUUCUCAGGUGCUACGACUGCUUGCCGUUGAGUGAACGCGAAGAGUUUACUUCAACGGCAUUACGAUUCAUUUCGAAAAAGUGGCCUCGAUCGGUGCCAACACGCUCAACUUCACGGAUCUGGGGAGCCCUUACGAGGGCCCCCCUAGUACGCCCCAGUCCGGGAUGGACGCACCGGAUGCGCCGCACACGCCAAAGUACCUCGACGGUGGAGCAACGCCGGCGGGGCCCGGUAAAUCCGCCUUCGUCGAGCUGCAGCAGCACGGGUAUGGUGGCAUCCGAAGUGGGUACCAGCAUUUCAGUGCGCAGGGCGGGCAGGAUUCCGGAUUUCCGAGUCCGCGAAGUGCGCUAGGCUAUCCCUUCCCGCCCAUGCACCAAAACUCGUACUCCGGGUAUCACUUAGGAAGUUAUGCACCUCCCUGCGCUAGUCCACCAAAAGAUGAUUUCCUCUCGGACAAAAUCGAGGACACCGGCCUGCGGGUGAAUGGCAAGGGUAAAAAAAUGCGCAAACCCCGCACCAUCUACAGUUCCCUACAGCUGCAGCAGCUCAACCGAAGAUUUCAACGAACGCAGUACCUAGCGCUACCGGAGCGGGCGGAACUGGCGGCCAGCCUUGGGCUGACGCAGACGCAAGUGAAGAUUUGGUUUCAAAACCGACGAUCAAAGUACAAGAAAAUGAUGAAGGCAGCGCAAGCACCCGGUGUCGGGGGAGGACUUCCAUUGGGCGCGCCAAACCAAGGUGGUCACAGUCCAUCGCAGCAUCAAAACAUGCAUCAAGCACCCGGCGGUGGCUCCAGUAGUGGUUCACCAUCGCACUUCCUACCUCCCGGACACAGUCCUACGCCGUCGAGUACACCGGUUUCGGAAUUGUCACCUGGCCUCAGUCCGCCCUCGCAAGCGCCCUGGGAACAGAAACCCCCGCCACACUGGGGCGACCACAAACCACCGCAGAUGGCACCGCAGACGAACCACGCACCUCCACAGCCGACCCAUGCGCCCCAGAUGGGCGGUUACGUACCUCAGUACUGGUAUCAGCCGGAAACGAAUCCAUCACUAUUAACCAUGUGUCCGGAAUACGAUGCAGCACGGUACUGGUACCGAAAAAACCAUAACUCCGUGCUCUCUUAACCACUUUUCAAAAACUCGACUAUUUUGGAUUCGUCAGAGUGUGGCCGGCCGUUUAACAGAACGAGAAUGUGAAUUAUAAUUUUAAUUAUUCCUAGUGGUAAAUAGAGCAAAGUUUAAAAACGCCAGAAUAAGAGAAGGAAUGGCGAAACAAAGUGGAUAAAAAUAUGAAUCAAAUCAACAAGCUGAACAGUGAUCUGAUUAACGAUAAUUAUACAUAUUAGUGAAAAUUGCAAAAUAAUUCCGUAGAAGGUGGUGCGUUGGGUGCAGAUCUUCGGCGAAAAGUGCAGUGGAGUUCCUGAAGUACAGUAUUGAAUACCGUCGGAUGUCCAUGCACCGAACGGAGUGUUCGUGGUUCAAUGACCGCGGACCGAUAUUGGAGCCGAAACUUAACUCGCUCUCGCGGGGUCGUAGAUCAGACGGGCUGAGAGAAAUAAUAGCUUUGUGCAAUAUUUGUAAGUGUUAAUCGUAAUGUAACUUUUCUUUCAAUUUUUAUUUUGUUUUCGACUAGCACAAGGAAUAAUACCUGAGCUUUCCGGAGAAAAAAAUAUAAUUACCGUGUCUAAAAUUAUCUAAAUCUUUUACGAUUCCUUUUUGUUUAACUUACCAAACAAAAAAAUACAUUCCUUUUAAAACACCAAAUAGAGACAUGCGAUAAAACAUUCCGUAGAAUUUGAUGCAUUUGGACACCGGACAGUUACGCGUUGGCAUUUCAUGUAAAUUGCAUUGUUAUUUUUCCUAUACACAAUUUUGCUGCCAUUGAGACAAACAAAGAGAAAUAGAGCUUCGAUUGCAAUAUGAUGAAAGUAUUUUAAAAUCCAGCCGAAUAGAACAGCACAAGCAGAAGCAAAACAAAAAUCUGCUGUAGAAGCAGAAAAAAAAUCAAAUUACUAGCGAUUUGAAAGGAACAGUUUUAAGCGAUUACAUUAAAUAGUGUAAAUAAGGCAAUCAACGACGGUUCAGGCGACGUUGAGGCAGGGAGGGACUUUAAUUUUUUCAGUGAAGCUGAUCGAGUGAGUAACCAGCGAGCGAAUGGAUGGCGUCAGGUUGUUUGUUCUGUCAAAGUACUACUAAAAUAGUUUGGACACGAAAGUGAUGAUUGUGAUUAGCAGGUAAUUAAAUUAAACGCGACGCAAAAAGUUUAAAGCAAAUUUGUACAUAACACUUCACAGUAGCGUUAAAACAGUAUGAGGAAAACGUAAGUUAAAAAUUGUAUUAAAAUAUUUAAAUGAUUUGUACGUAAGCAGACAAGGUAGAAAGAACAAAACAAUAUUUAGUGAGGAAAUUCAAUUAAUUGAAUAGGAAUUUUGGUUUUUUUUAAAUUUUAUCGAAAUAAUAAAUAGAAGGCAGAUGCAACAAAGAAUAAAAAUUGUAAUCAAUUUUCUAUAGAGAAAAUGUGGCAACAAAAUAAGAAAAAGAAACUAGCGAGCGUAGUUACGCUUGAGGCAUGUUUCUUCUGCAGGCAACUCAGUCGUGGCUAGGUGUUAAGAAUUGUUUAUUAUUAUAUUUUAAUGAUAUAAUGUAAUAAAAAAUUAUAUUAUAAAAAUCUGUAACGAUUGUGAAUGUAAAUUGCAAAAUUCGAAAGGCGGUAUUAAAAUAUUAUUAUAAAAAUUUA